AAAAACAAAAUUACAAAAUUACACACGAAGGCAUUGAGCCACCGUGGACCGACGUGGAGAAUCGAGUUCCGCCCCGACUCCAAUACGUUCCACGAUGAAGCUGCUGCUGCUGCGAUGUCUUGCGGCUCUCCUUUUGACUACAGACAUUUUACACGCCCAACUGACCGACCCGACGACAACGGUGUCGCCGGUUGUGAUUGAGACCACCACGACGAUGUCCCCCGUCGUAACGGAGGCACCUCCGACGACUACUGCGUCCGUAGUACCCACCACGACAGCGUCGGUCGUGCCGGCCACGACUGUCGCGACGACCACCCGAGGACCAACCACCACCAGGGCCGCCACCCCCACCACAACAUCAACUCCCGAGCCAUCCGAGACCACGGCCACUCCUUCGCCCACAACAAAAUCGUCGUCGUCUUCGUCGGGUCGUUCGACGUUUGGUGGGUUUGCCAACCUCGACGAUUGGGUGUGGUGGGUAAUCAUCGGCGGCGGAGCAUUUGUCCUCCUCGUGGCGGUCGUAUGCUGCUUCAUUUGCAUACGCCGCGGGAAGGCGAAAGCGCGGGAAGAAGCCAUUCAGGCCAUGGAGGAGCAGCGCGAGGCCGACAACCACGCACGGCUCUUGGCCGAAGCACAAAAGCAGCGACGGGACCGCGAGAACCAGCAAAUUGGAAGGGCAUCGCUGACGUCCAACGGCAACAGUCAGACAUCGCCAGCGAAACGCCCGAGCUUCUACCGCCGCCCGUCACAAGGCCGUGGAGCCUACCUCGCAUCGUCGUCGUCAAGUUUGCAGUCCUCGGUGCCUCCUCCCCCGAUUCACACCAACCAUGUGGACGUCGAUGGCUUGUCUGCGCCGUACAUGUCGGUGCAGUCGCCCACAAAUGGUGGAGUGUCUGUGCACCGUCCGCCGACGAGCGUCAACGAGCGCAUCGAGGCGCUCAAGGCCCGCAACAGCCUUCCCCAACAUGUCGAUUCUUACUCGAGCGAGCCAGGGUUCCUUGUGCACUCGCCGCCGUUUCCAACCGGAGCUCCUCUGCAGCAGCCCACCAAUCCGCGCGACACCACAUUGACCGGCUACAGCAUGGACAUCGACGGGGACUACGAAUCCACGGUCGGCGAUACCUUCCUCUCGCCGUCGACGAAGGACUCCCUGUACCAAGAACUCGACGCAGCUAAACUCAACUCGCCAACACGCGCUGCAGCCGCCGCGAUCAAGUCGACUGAUUCGAAGCGGUCGGACGGCAGCGACUUUGAACUGGAUGUGGAUGGCGAUGAUGACGCAGCGCUGCGGGAGCGGGUGCCGAGCCAUCGAUCUAUCGAGUUUUAGUGGAUCGUAGCAAACCAUUCUAGCAUAAAGAAGAAGAAAUAUGACGUCGUAUAUGAUUGCGUGGUAAG